AUGGCAGGUUCUCCAAACUCCAACCUCCACGCCUUUAACCUGGCCGUGCAGACUCUCCUCAAACAACCAGCCCAGUUCCUCCCACACCUCACCAUCCCAACCUUCACGCACCUCCCCGAAGAACUCGGUCCACACCUAGUCAACAACCUCAACCUAAGUCGAAAUGGAACACAACCGGAGAAGACCCCCCGACCACCAACAAUCCGCGCUCUAGUCCUAGACAAAGACAACACCCUCUGCGCCCCCAAAACAACAACCUUCCCACCCCAAAUCCUGACAAAACUCCAAUCCCUCCGCACAUCCCCAAUAUCCCCUUUCCACCAAUCCACAAACCCGUACUCAAUCCUAAUCGUCUCCAACCGCGCCGGCAGUCAUCCAUCCUUCGAGCAAGAGGUCCAUGAGCUCGAAUCUCAGCUCGCGCAUCUACAAAUCCCGGUAUUCAGACUUCCGGCGGGAACAGAGAAGAAGCCGUUUUGUGGGGAUGAGGUGCUACGGUGGUUUAAAGAGAGGGAGGUUGUGAAGAGCCCGGAUGAAAUUGCUGUGGUAGGGGAUCGGCUGGGGACGGAUGUGCUUAUGGCAGGGUUGAUGGGGUCUUGGAGUGUUUGGUGUAAGGAGGGUGCUUUUGAGGCUGGGGAGGUUGGGAAACCCGCAAGGAACAUCUUGGAGAAGAUGGAGGUUUGGAUUGAGAGGUAUCUUAGGGAGACGAAAGGGAUGAGGGCGCCGAUGCCGAGGGGCUGGAAGGAGUAG